AAGUACUACAUUUCCCAUAAUUCAGAGCACGUUCGUCUACUUCCUGGAGAGCUGGCUGCUGACAAGGGAGAAAGAUGUGAAAUCAAAAAAGCGUCUAUAAAAUUUGGCAGAGCUGGGUCCAGCUUGUGUGCAUGUGACUUAGAAGUCUGCACUGGAUUAUGACUUCAAGUAAGACUCCACGUUAUAAUCGUUUUUCUGGAGCAGUUGCUGGAGCAGUCAGUGUUACACCAUCAGAAAACGUCAGUGGGACUAGAAUGGAGACAACAUUUGGUCCAACAUUUUCUGCCGUGACCACUAUUACCACUAAAGCUGAAGGAACAAACACAUUCAAACAGCACCGGCGCACUCCAUCAUCUUCCAGUACCAUGACGUAUUCACCCCGUGAUGAGGAUGAUGUUAUGCCUCCAAUCAGCACACCCCGCCGGUCAGACUCUGCAAUAUCAGUGCGCUCCCUGCACUCAGAGUCCACCAUGUCACUGCGUUCCACAUUUUCAUUGCAUGAAGAAGAAGAUGAGGUGGAACCGCUUGUUUUUGCAGAACAGCCAUCAGUAAAACUUUGCUGUCAGUUGUGCUGUAGUGUUUUUAAGGAUCCAGUGAUCACAACAUGUGGGCACACCUUUUGCAGAAGAUGUGCCUUGACAUCUGAAAAGUGCCCCGUGGAUAAUGCUAAACUGACUGUGGUGGUGAAUAACAUUGCUGUCGCUGAGCAGAUCGGGGAGCUUUUCAUUCACUGUAAAUAUGGCUGCCGAGCAGCAAGCAGUGGAAAGCCAGGAGCCUUCGAAGUGGACCCCAGAGGCUGCCCGUUCACCAUCAAGCUGAUUGGCAGGAAGGAACAUGAAGGGAGUUGCGAUUACAGACCUGUCCGCUGUCCCAACAACCCCAACUGCCCACCUCUUUUGGAAAUGAAUCUGGAGGCACAUCUAAAAGAGUGUGAACACAUCAAGUGCCCACACUCCAAAUAUGGAUGCACUUUUAUAGGAAACCAGGAUACCUAUGAGACUCAUCUGGAAGUUUGCAAAUUUGAAGGCCUUAAAGAAUUUCUACAGCAGACUGAUGAUCGUUUCCAUGAGAUGCAGGUGGCACUUGCACAGAAGGAUCAGGACAUUGCCUUCCUGCGCUCCAUGCUAGGGAAGCUAUCAGAGAAGUUGGAUCAGCUUGAAAAGAACCUUGAGCUUAAAUUUGAUGUACUGGAUGAAAACCAAAGCAAGUUGAGUGAAGACCUCAUGGAAUUUCGCCGGGAUGCCUCCAUGCUAAAUGAUGAGCUGUCACACAUUAAUGCGAGGCUCAACAUGGGGAUCCUGGGCUCCUAUGACCCACAGCAAAUAUUUAAGUGUAAGGGAACCUUUGUGGGGCACCAGGGUCCUGUGUGGUGCCUUUGUGUUUACUCUACUGGUGACUUACUCUUCAGUGGCUCCUCUGACAAGACCAUCAAGGUCUGGGACACCUGCACGACAUACAAGUGCCAAAAGACCCUGGAGGGCCAUGAUGGCAUAGUCCUGGCAUUGUGCAUUCAAGGGAGUCGAUUGUACAGUGGAUCUGCUGACUGCACCAUCAUUGUUUGGGAUAUACAAACACUCCAGAAGGUGAACACCAUUCGGGCACACGACAAUCCUGUCUGCACACUUGUGUCCGCACACAACUUGCUAUUCAGUGGAUCUCUAAAGGCCAUCAAGGUCUGGGAUAUCGUGGGAACUGAAUUGAAAUUAAAGAAAGAACUAACUGGCCUUAACCACUGGGUUCGAGCUCUUGUUGCAUCUCAGAACUACCUGUACAGUGGAUCUUAUCAGACAAUCAAAAUAUGGGACAUACGGACACUUGAAUGUGUCCAUGUGUUGCAGACCUCAGGGGGAAGUGUCUACUCCAUUGCUGUGACCAAUCAUCAUAUAGUCUGUGGCACCUAUGAAAACCUUAUCCACGUUUGGGAUAUUGAGUCCAAGGAACAGGUGCGAACAUUGACUGGUCAUGUGGGUACUGUGUAUGCCUUGGCAGUCAUCUCUACACCUGAUCAAACCAAAGUGUUCAGUGCAUCUUACGAUCGUUCUCUCCGUGUGUGGAGCAUGGAUAACAUGAUUUGUACACAGACUCUGCUACGCCAUCAGGGCAGUGUGACAGCUCUUGCAGUAUCUAGAGGACGACUUUUCUCUGGGGCCGUUGACAGUACGGUUAAGGUUUGGACCUGCUGAUUUGGCCAGUGGAAGUCUUAAACCCACCAGCCGGGUGAAUGGGUAGUUGUCACAAUACCGCAGUUUCUUCACACUAAAAUAUACUGAAUUUGGUUUGCCCAGCCGUUUAAACAGGUGCCUCUAUCAGGACUUUGAAAACUGUUUUGGCUCAGCCGAUGCUCAGAGGAAAGGACAAAAAUGGUUUGGGAAUAAGGCGGUUCCUUCUACAAAUGUUAAGUCUAUGCUGCUCUGGGCACCUUCAAAAGACUGGAAAGCAAGAAGGAGCCAAGCGGUUAGUAUUAAUUAUGAACACAUGAAAUUCAGGAAAAGUGCAAAGAA